CACUUCCUCUCUUCUUUGAAACUGACCAAUAGACAUUCAGGAAAUGGCUAAAGACACGCCCACCCCAUCAGAAACCCCUCAGUCUUCAUCAGAGAGAGAGAAGUGUGUAAAUAGAUUACAGCUGCUGGAGUUUUUGCAGUGCCUCUGGAAACAAGGCUUUCAAAAUUGCUGGACUAGUAGGUUUUGGAUUACACAGUAUUUUCUACAUAAAAUCUAGGACCAGGCUUCAUCUCCUGUUUUUUUUUAUUUUAUUUUGCUGUGUAAUUUAAUAUAUACAUGUACAGUCAGUAUCAGUAAUCAGGUGAUGUGAGUGAUCUUUAAUCUGCUGAAUGAAAGUGGGAUUGAGCUGUACUGUACUGUACACACCCCUAUCCUCUAUCAGUCAAUUACCUCUAUAGCACUAUAAAGUCAUCCUGACUGUCUGAUAGUGCUGUACAGCCUGGGCUGGGAUCUUCUGGGUUCUGGAAUCAGACUGCAGCUGUUCUGAUCAGUCCAGGCUGGUGUAUCGUUACUCCUGCUCUACUGUAAACAUGUGGAGACUCUGUUUGUGGAUCUUCCUGAUCUUCUUCAGCUCUGAUGAAGCUGCUCUUCCUCCUCCAUGUGACAGUGAGAUCUACUGUACAGGAGAGCUGCUCCGGCAGGUUCAGUCUGCUAAGCUGUUUAAUGACAACAAGGCCUUUGUGGAUAUGAAGCUGACCGCCGCCCCCGAACUGGUAUUAGAAGCGUUCUCCAAUCUGACGCAGAAGUUUCCGGGUCAGGCGGUUCCGACCCCUGAGCUGAAGGUGUUUGUGGAGACGUAUUUUGCAGGAGAUGGGAAGGAGUUUGAGCCGUGGACUCCACCCGACUGGCAUGAGAAGCCCAAAUUCCUGUCGAAGGUUUCCGACCCAACUCUUCGUGGCUGGGCUGAGGAGCUGCAUGGUCUGUGGAAGUCUCUGGGUCGGAAGAUCAGCACGGACGUCCGAGACAAUCCCCAACUCCACUCUAUGAUCUACGUCCCAAACCCUGUCAUAGUGCCAGGGGGGCGCUUCAAAGAGUUUUACUACUGGGACUCAUAUUGGGUGUUAAAUGGACUUCUUCUGUCUGAGAUGACGGAUACUGCUAAAGGAAUGAUCCAGAACUUUCUGUACAUGGUGAACAGAUAUGGUUUUGUACCAAACGGAGGUCGAGUUUAUUAUGAGCGCCGCAGCCAGCCGCCAUUCCUCUGCCUGAUGGUGGAGAGUUACUAUGAGGUCACUAAAGACGCAGAGUUUAUCAGGGAGGCCUUCCCCACGUUAGAGAAGGAGUAUGAUUUCUGGAUGCAGAAUCGCUCCAUUGCUGUGGAAAUAAAUGGAACUGAGCAUCUGCUGAAUCGGUAUUUUGUACAGGCCGGUGAGCCCAGGCCUGAGGCUUAUACACACGAUGCAGAGCUGGCGGAAGGCCUACCAGCAGAGGCUCAGGAGAAGCUGUAUGCAGAUCUGAAAGCAGGAGCUGAGUCUGGGUGGGACUUCUCGACGCGGUGGUACAUAGACAGCUCGGGUCAGAACACAGGCACGUUCGGAGACACCAGCACCAGCUCCAUCCUGCCUGUCGAGCUCAACGCCCUGCUUUACCGCAAUGAACUCCUCCUGGCCUCCUUCUCCAGGAUCCUGGGUGAUGAGGCGAAGGCGCUGGAGUAUGAGCGGGCUGCUGCUGCCAGGCUGAAGGGGGUAGAAAGUGUAUUCUGGGAUGCAGAGAAGGGAGCCUGGUUUGAUUACAAUCUGCUGAGCAGUGCCAGGCACCCGGCCUUCUACCCAACUAACCUCAGUCCUCUCUGGGCACGGUGUCACUCCCAGCCUGGCAUGGGACAGCUGGCCCUGCAGUAUCUCAGAGGCAGUGGGGGUUUGGAUUACCCGAAUGGUAUCCCCACCUCUCUGGUUAACAGUGGGCAGCAGUGGGAUCUGCCGAAUGCCUGGCCCCCCCUCCAGCACAUGGUUAUAGAAGGCCUGUCCCAGCUCGACUCCACAGACGGCAAAGAGCUAGCCUUUGAUUUAGCCCAGCGGUGGAUCAGAACCAACUGGCUGGCUUAUGUUAAAUAUAAAGCCAUGUUUGAGAAGUACGAUGUCAGUGGAGAUGGGAAACCUGGAGGAGGUGGAGAAUAUGAAGUACAGUUGGGAUUUGGAUGGACCAAUGGCGUCGCACUGCAGCUGCUGGACCAGUAUGGUGAUAGGCUGAGCUCUGGGGGGAGUGGCCUAACCUCUGGCCUUCUGUUUGGUUUAGUUUAUGCUAUUGUUAAAGCACUGCUGUAAUCAUGUGAUGACUUCUAAUGUAGUUCUCUGUGUUUUUUUUUUGAGGUACAUUCAUUUGUUUAGCUGAGAAAGAUAAUCUGAGUUGUAAUUUAAAGAGUAUUGUGAUAGUGUAAAGAAAUUUAAAUUGGUAAUUCUUUAUAUAGAAAGUCCACUGUAGGUGCUGAUAUUUGAUUUGUUAUUACUAUUUGACUUAAAUUGAGUUAAAUUCAGUUUAACAUCAGAGAAUCUGCCUGAAAUAUGAACUGAUUUAGUUAUAGUGGUAUACUGUAGUUUACAUAAUAUAGUUUUAAUAUUUAAUGUUUUUAAUUAUUUUUUUGGGCACUAUUGUGCUUUAUUUUAUAUAUGUACCUCCACAGCUCAUUUGCAACUAUUUCAUUUAUUAACAUUCUGACUGGAAUCUACUUUUGUGAAUGACUUUAUUUACAUUUGAACCAAUAAACUAUGCAGAACUCUGAA